AUGUGCAUCUGCGACCACACCAACGAUAACUUUUCUGUCAACGAAGUGUGGCGACCUGACGACAAUGCUCAGCCAAAACCUCGCCGUCCGGGCUCCAGCGAUAUUUAUAGGCCCGAUGUUCUCGAGACGAUUGAGUCUACAAUCAAGGAUCUGGAUGCAGAAUUGAGGGCUCUUAGCCUUGAUAUUCAUGCGCAUCCUGAACUCCGAUUUGAAGAGUAUCAUGCUCACGACGCUUACACUGAGUUCAUGACCAAGCAUGGAUGGGAGGUGACGAAGCAGUUCCAUCUCCCAACCGCAUGGCAGGCUACAUUUGCGCAUGGAUCGGGAGGGAGAACGAUUGGCAUCAACUCUGAGAUGGAUGCAUUGGAAGGUAUCGGUCAUGCAUGCGGCCAUAAUCUCAUUGGAAUUUCAGGUGUUGCAGUUGCGUUAGCCAUUAGAGCCGCACUCGAGAAGCACGACAUUCCCGGGAAGAUUGUACUUUUAGGAACACCUGCUGAAGAAGGUGGCUCCGGUAAGGUGAUUCUCCUUGAAAAAGGUGCAUAUAAGGGGAUGGAUGCCUGUUUAAUGUGUCACCCUGCACCUGGCCCCGUCGGCUCGGUCAGCCUCUCCAGCUGCCUUGCUCUUCAGCGGUUGAUCGUUGAAUAUCGUGGACAUACCGCUCAUGCGGCGCUUUCACCUUGGGAGGGGAAGAAUGCACUUGAUGCCGCCGUCCUCGGUUAUAACAACAUCUCGGCUCUACGUCAGCAGUUGAAGCCUACACAUCGCGUUCAUGGUAUCUUUGAAGGCAAAGACUGGGUUGCAAAUAUCAUUCCUGACUAUGCAAAAUUCAUCUGCUACGUCCGUGCACCUACGCGUGAAGAGAUGCAAGAGACACUCAAGCGUGUGACCCCAUGCUUCGAAGCCGCUGGUCUUGCCACAGGCUGUGAAGUCUCCAUCGAGUACUUGGGCGCCACUUUUGAUUUGAGGCAGAAUAAGGCCCUUGGAGACGAAGUCGCAAAUGUCAUUCUCAACAAGUAUGGCUCCAUCGACUAUGAGUGGGGUAUCAAAAGCGCGUCAACCGACUUCGGAAAUGUUACUUAUGCACUCCCUGCGUUACACCCCGGAUUUGCAAUCCCAACUGUCAAGAACGGUGGAAACCAUACGAGCGCUUUCGCUGAGUCCGCAGCAACCAUUACAUCGCACAAUGCCUGCCUUGAUGUCUCCAAAGCCCUUGCCUCUACUGGGGUCCGCGUUUUGGCAGAUGACGAAUUCUUCGCAAAGGUCGUGAAAACUUUCAAGGAGGAUGAGUUGUUGCGUGGUUCUAUUUGA